CUUAAUUUGCUAUUUACAAGGGCGUUACAGAUGUCCACGGUCCGGUCUCUCUGCCCCUGGGCGUUAUAAAUAGUAAAGGUUAAUUAGUUAGCUGAGAAAUUGGAUCAGGGGCGGGCAGUAAGAAUUUGAUCCAUAGACAGGUAACUCAAGCAAUCCCCAUUGUCACUGCAAUCAGACCUAUAUAAAUCCGCCUUGACGGACAGCAGUCACCACAUAGCCUUACCUCUCUGCUGGAUCACCGACCGGGCGAGAACCCCUGAACACGGAAUAAAAUGUCGCUCUCAUCUAUCCUUUCCGCUGAUGCCAUCGACAGUGCUAUCAAGGACUGCCAAGCACCAGACUCCUUCUGCCCCAAGAAGUUUUUCCAGCUGUGUGGCCUCACCAAGAAGAGCCCCCAGGAUGUGAAGAAGGUUUUUGCCAUCCUGGACAAUGAUGCCAGUGGCUUUGUUGAGGAGGAAGAGCUCAAGUUUUUCCUCCAGAGGUUUUCUCCAGGGGCUCGCGUUCUGACAGACACGGAGACCAAGGCCUUCCUGUGCGCUGCUGAUGACGAUAGUGAUGGCCGGAUUGGAGCAGACGAGUUCCAGGCCAUGGUCUUGUCCUAAACAGCUGUACUCCAUCUCUCCAACUCGAUCUGACCCCGCUCCCGCCCCUAUUCCACUGCUUCAAGGGCUUUCUUGGUUUUAGUCAAUUAUUUUCCAUACGGUUAGUUAAAAAAAAAAUGUGUUUCUUUUUAUUUUACAAGACUCGCCCUGGUCCACAGACAUCCACAUUGUCAUCAUGUUUUUAGUUUUUUUUUUUCUUUUUCAUAUGUUUCAGAGAUCAUAAAGCUGCAUUGCCCAAAUAAAUGUACAAUUUACCAAGUAACUGAGAAAAUAAAAGAAUAAAAUCCAA